CCAGGCGCAAACAAGGUGCAGGAUCCGUCAGGUUCGCUGGCUGGGUUAGUGAUGGUUCCCUGCAUCCAUGGGAAGGGGCAGUUGCGCCAGGAAGAUAAGCUGUUCUUGUCUAAACGGAGAGGAUACUGUGCCAAGUCCUUCUAACUCCCUUCGAUUUAUGCAGAGUUACAAAAGGAUUCAGACCGGUCACUAUUUUGAGGGGAGCCAAGCUUAAAGGACUGAAUAGAAAUUUAAGUGCGCGACUUCUAAUGUCGUCGGAUUACGGUUCCCCAUUUCAGGCCCGUUCAUCUGCUGCCCAUGACUGGGUGGAGCCUAUCGGUGCCAGUCUGUCUGCUCGGUCUCACCGUGGUCCAGACGUCAGAAAUGGUGGAAGAGCGCUGUCUAGACUUCUAUCAACGGGCCAUGGAUUCAGUCACCGACCGGUGCAACAGAAAGCUGCAGAUCGAACGGCAACCUCAAUGACACUGCAGGAUGCAGGCCUCUUAGCCGGACGAAUGGAAAGCACCGACAUCGGAUUGAAGCUUUUUUAACUUUUAGUGUUGAGCGACACCGUUGAAU